AUGGUAUUAUUAGAAAUAAAUAUAGAAGCUUAUCCUGAACCAAGUUUUACAUGGAAGCAGUUGAUGUCUGAUGUAGAAUACCCCUUUGCUAAAACAGAGAAAGUUUCUGAAAAUAAUUUUAUAUCCACAUUAGAAUUGAUAUUAGACCAAUCAUCGUUUGGCUAUUAUAUAAUUACUGUACAAAAUAUUAUUAAUGGUGAAACUAAAGCAAAAACCUGGGGAAUAAAAAUCAUUGAACUCGACCCUGGAACAAACACAAUUUCUUGUGAACAAUCUGUAUAUCAGGAAGGUUUAGGAGCUGGUAUUGGAAUUGGUAUUGGGAUAUCUGCUGUUAUUGUAAUUCUUGUUUUACUGGCAAUAUUUAUAUAUAGAAAAUAUCAUCCAGUUAUUAUGCACGCUUUUUUGCUUACAGAAAGAACAUAUGAAGAAUUAAAUACUCCUCCUGUAGUUAAUGAUAACAAUCAACAUAAUUCUGGAGAUGUAAAAGAAUAUGAAAAUAUGAGAAGAAAUUAA